CAUCCCCAGUGACGUCACCGAGCUCUUUCCCCCGCGGAAGCCGCCGCUGGUCCCCGCUUCACGUCAACAAACGUCGUUUCAAACCGAAAGAAAGAAGGCCUUCUUUGGUGGACGUUCUUUACGCGAUGGAGUGAAGCGGAGGCGGCAACAUGUCCAUGGAAGAUCCUUUCUUCGUCGUCAAAGGCGAGGUGCAGAAGGCCGUGAGCGGCGCUCAGAGCCUCCAUCGCCGAUGGAGCCAGUUGCUGCUGGAAGGGGCCGCCGCCCCCAAGGAGGAGCUGGACUGGACCACCAACGAGCUGAGAAACAGUCUGCGCUCCAUCGAGUGGGACCUGGAAGACCUCGACGAGACCAUCAGCAUCGUGGAGUCCAAUCCCAAGAAGUUCAACCUGGACGCCGCCGAGCUGGCCAAGAGGAAAGCCUUCAUCUGCAGCACCAGACGCACCGUCGAGGAAAUGAAGGAGCGCAUGUCGGGCGGUGCGGCCGUGGCCUUCGUGGACACAAGCGACCAACAGGCGCUGCUGGGCGACGGCGCCGUCCGCGAUAAGUCCCGCCUACCGGAGCGCCGGCUGCGCGACGCCAACUCGGACUUCAUCGGGGAGCAGCAGCUUCAGCAACAGCUGAUGGCGGAGCGGCAGGACGAGCAGCUGGAGCUGGUGUCGGGAACCAUCGGCGUCCUGAAGAACAUGUCGGAGAGGAUCGGCCUGGAGUUGGACGAGCAGGCCGACAUGCUGGACGACUUUGGCCAGGAGCUGGACACCACCCACUCCAGACUGGACAACGUCAUGAAGAAACUGGCCAAAGUGUCCCACAUGACCAGCGACCGCCGCCAGUGGUGCGCCAUCGGGGUGCUGCUCGCCAUCCUCUCGGUCGUCGCGCUCCUCCUCUUCAUCCUCUGACGCGGCCACUCGCCUUCGUCCUCCGCCCCCGCCACGGAGGUCCGGGGUCGUCUUCUGUCCGGCCGAGCGGCACUCGCCGAGGCUUCGCGGUUCAAAGGGCAAUCUGACUUUUACCUGCGCCGAAUAACGCGACGUGCUUGCGUAUUUGUUGCGGUGUUUAUUUAUUUUUCACUGUGAAAGACGGAAUUCGUUGUUGUUGUUUUUUUAAGAUUUGAUUUUUGGACCGUUCACAUUUUCAUCCCGUCGAUGCCACGCGCUGCCCUCAACUCGGUCGAAUAACGAUGAGAUUGGAAUUGUUGUUUUCUGAACGAUUGGAGUUCAAAGGAUUUCCUCGUGACAUUCAACAGUCCAAACGAUGAACGCGGCGCGCUCUAAAGUAUCAAUAAUAAGACUCAUACAAAGUACCCUGAACUUUCAUUCAUGAUGAACUUGGCAGCUGUUAAUAAACUGACACAAAAAGA